AUGUUUAAAUUAAGAAAAUAAGCGCUUAAGAGUACUAAUCUUUCUUCUAAAUUUACCUAGCAAUUAGUAUUUACAUACUUAAGGAGUAAUUUUAGAAUGAUAGAAUGCGAAGAACUCCACGACAUCUUGGUCGAAGGAAAUAAACCAGGUUUUAAAAUUUUACAUCCCUACUUGUCUGAUAAUAGAGCAAACUAUUUAAGAGAAGUAACAAAUUUUUUAGUUCAUGGGCACAUUAAGGGUGCAUUCUUUAUUAACAUGCAUGAUAUAUCUGAUUUAACAUCUUCUUAUAAGAUGAUGGCUCCAACUAAUGAGUAGUUUUCUAUCUAUAUGUAGCACGCUGACAUAGGAAAAUUUGAUAAAUUAGUCAUUUAUGAUGAAACUAUUAUGGUUUCAACUCGUUUACAUUGGUAGCUUAAUUCAUUUGGGCAUACUAAUUUAUACUAUUUAAACGGUGGAUUGAGGAGAUGGAAGUACUUAGGGCUACCAUUAGAAAAAGGUUUUACUUAGCAUUCAACUAAUAUAUCAGAGAGAGAAGCUAAAAAUUUUGAAUAUAUAUUAGACAAGUCUAAAGUUAUAGAUUAUAAUGAAAUGUGCAAAGUUAAUAAUGAAUAUUUGUAAUAAAAUGAAUUUUAAAUUUAUGAUUCAAGACGUGUCGUUUAAUAUAGCGAAGGUACUGAGCCUAAUUGGAUUCAUAUACCUGUGAUGUAAGAGCUAAUUUAAGAGGAUGGUAGAUUUAAAGAUAUAAAUGAUUUACAAAAAAUCCACAAGUAAUAUAAAGUUGAUUAUGAUAAAACAAUAAUUCACACAUGUAGAAGAGGUCUGUAAGCAACAGUUGCUAACUUCGCUUGUGAAUUAGUGUGUGCUGCAAAUAAAAAAAAUUAUAAUUCAAGAAUUUAUGAUGGCUCUUGGGAGGAGUGGAUGACUAAAAAGCAAGUACACUGA